AUGCGUGAAACAAGUGACAGUCUGAUAACGCCCCGGGAGCAUCGUACCUCAGGCAAAUUGUAUCGUACGCGAGAGUUGGCACUGGAAGGGCUGCAGGGAGGCUGUGUGGGGUGGGAGAGGCGUGGGAGAGGCGUCGGAGAGGAGUGGGAGAGAAGGAGAGGAGAGGCGUGGGAGGAUGCAGACAACGAGAAUGACCUUUGUCGUGUUAUCACCUCCUGCCCUUGUGAUCGAUACCAGGGACACGCCGCGGACACUGAGCCCCCGAGUGACCCCCGCGGCACCCCUGGACACGCCCUUCACCCUCACUUAACCUCAGGGGCGCCAGGGAAAGCCAUCACGGAGAAUCUUCAGGUAUCAAAAGGCAACUCUCACUCUUCCGACUCUCCCAAUAAGGGCGCCAUCACCCCCAAGGCCUUCCUCUCACACGUCCCUUUAAAAGUUGUGCAUUUGCCUAUCACGAGGUGUCCGCGGGAGAGGGCGGGGGGAGUGAGGGGGAGUGAGGGGAGACCCUCCCCGACACUCCCCCAACACACUCUCCUCGACAACUUCUCCCCGACUAGCUCUCCCCGACUUGCUCUCCCCGACAACCUCUUCCCGACAACCUCUCCCCGACUAGCUCUCUCCGACAAUCUCUCCCCGACUAGCUCUCUCCGACAACCUCUCCCCGACACUCUCCCCGACACACUCUCCCGGACAACCUCUCCCCGACAACCUCUACCCGACACUCUACCCGACAACCUCUCCCCGACAACGCCUCCCCGACUAACUCUCCCCGACACUCUCCCCGACGUCUCCCUGACUAGCUCUCCCCGACACUCUCCCCAACACACUCUCCCCGACAACCUCUCCCCGACUAGCUCUCCCCGACAACCUCUCCCUGACAACCUCUCCCCAACACUCUCCCCAACACACUCUCCCCGACAACCUCUCCCCGCCUAG